ACAGGCGGAAGUAGCGACGUAAAGAAACGAGAGAAUUCGUUUUAGCGGAGUUUACUUGACAUAAAACACCAAAUGUAACGUAAGGCCGUUGAACCACACGUUGAGGAAAGAUAUGACUUAAUGUAUUUCAUACCUGAGGCCAGCAUUAGGGAGACGACUUCUCGUCCGUACGUCAUCCAGAUGAGGCAUGCUGGAAGUAUGCAGCCCAUGUAUAGAAGAGAUGCUGGAGUCUGGCACCAAACAAGAAGUCUUCUCUACAAGAAUCUGCUCAUCAAAUGGAGGACCAAGCAACAGAGUCUUCAGGAACUGAUCCUGCCUCUGCUACUGUUGGGUCUCCUGGUGCUCAUCAGCACCCUGAAUCCUCAUGUUUAUUAUGGAGGCAUCAGCACUAUGGAGCUGGAGCGUGAGGACCACUUCUUCAAGGGCCUGGGCUACACACCCAUCACUAACAUCACCAACCACAUCAUGGAAGAGGUGGCCCAGGAGAUGCACCUCCAGGAUCACCUGGAGAUGUUUGCCAGCGAAGAGGACCUGGAGAAUGCCAGUCUGUAUGAGCCUUCCAGCUACGUCGGUGUUGUGUUCACGGACAGCGCUGCCACGUCGUACAGGCUACGCUUCCCCUACAACCAGCUGCCCUUACCCAGCGAUUACACAGAAUCUAUUGCCAACUGUUUCACCAGCUCGGUGAACUGCAGAGCAGCUAAUUACUGGUACUCUGGCUUCAUCCGCCUCCAGUCUCUGAUCGAUGCAGCUAUCAUCCAGAUGCAGACGAAGCGUUCAGUGUGGAGCGAGAUGGACCUGAAGGUCGUAAUGAUGGGUCAGCCGGGCUCGGUGGAGGUGCAGAAAUUCCCCCACGCCCUCAUCUCCAUCUACCUGGUCCUGGCCUUCACGCCCUUCGUCACCUUCCUCAUCGUCAACGUGGCAGCGGAGAAGGAGCAUCGCCUCAAAGACACCAUGACCAUGAUGGGGCUCUACAACACGUCUUUCUGGUUGUCAUGGGGCCUCCUGUACGCUGCUCUGGUGACCACCAUGUCCGUCCUGAUGUCCAUCAUCGCCACGUACACGGCCCUGUUCCCCAACAGUGACUUCUUUGUCGUCUUCCUUCUCAUCUUCCUCUAUGGGAUAUCAUCGAUCUUUUUCUCCUUCAUGCUGACUCCAUUAUUUAAGAAGCCCAAGUUUGCCAGUACAGUGGGCUCCAUGCUGACGGUGGUGUUUGGCUGCCUGUCACUGUUCACCGUGCUGAUGAAGGACUUCCCGCAGCCGCUGGUCUGGCUUCUCUGUCUGCUCUCCCCCAGUGCCUUCUCAAUCGGGAUCGCACAGGUGGUUUACCUGGAGGCCCAGGGAGAUGGGGCUGUGUUUUCCUCCCUGGCCAACGGCCCUCAUCCUCUUUACGUGCCCCUGUUCAUGCUGGUUGUGGACUGUAUCCUCUACCUUCUGUUGGCUGUCUACCUGGACCAGGUACUGCCUGGGGAGUUUGGAAUGAGGAGGUCCUUGGUGUACUUCCUGAAGCCCUCCUAUUGGUCCAAACGCAGUAAGCGCUACGUUGAAGUGAGCUCAGGGUACGACGCAGAGGCGAACGGCGCUCCUGGUGGGGACGAGUCGGUCGAGCCUGUUUCGCCUGAGUUCAGAGGGAAAGAGGCCAUCCGCAUCAAUAACAUCCAGAAAGUGUACAAAGAGAAGGGCAACGUGGUGGAGGCUCUGAGAGGUUUGACGUUUGACAUCUAUGAGGACCAGAUCACAGCUCUGCUGGGACACAGCGGGGCAGGAAAGACCACCCUCAUGAACAUCCUGUGUGGCAUCUGCCCGCCCACUAAUGGCUCGGCCACCAUCUACCGCUCCCCCGUAGCAGAGAUCGCAGAUGGGUCCGAAAUGAAGCAGCUGGUGGGAAUUUGCCCCCAGUUCAACAUCAUCUUUGAUGUGCUCACUGUGGAGGAGCACCUCAGGAUAUUCGCAGCCAUCAAAGGGAUCCCUCCCUCGAACAUCGAUGAUGAGGUUACCAAAGUGCUGAAGGAUCUGGACUUGGAGAAGAUCAAGACUGCUCAGGCCAAGAAUCUGAGCGCAGGCCAAAAGAGGAAACUCUCCGUGGGCAUCGCCAUUCUCGGAGAUCCUAAGAUCCUGCUCUUGGACGAGCCCACAGCGGGCAUGGACCCCUGCUCCAGGCACCAGGUGUGGUCGCUGCUGCAGAACCGCCGAGCCGGCAGAGUCAUCGUCCUCAGCACACACUACAUGGACGAGGCGGACAUUCUUGCUGAUCGCAAAGCUGUGAUCUCUCAGGGACAGCUGAAGUGCGUCGGCUCUUCUCUGUAUCUCAAGACCAAGUGUGGUGUUGGGUAUCAUCUCAGAAUGUCUAUCAACGAGGGACGUGAAGCUGAAAAUAUCACGUCGCUGAUCAAGCAGCACGUUCCCAAGGCUACGUUGUCCCGCCAACACGAGGCAGAGUUGACAUUCACGCUGCCGUUUGAGAGCAUUGACACAUUUUCAGGCUUGUUCUCGGAGCUCGACGGUCAACCCGAACUGGGAAUUGCCAACUAUGGGGUUUCCAUGACAACACUGGAGGAUGUGUUUCUUCGUUUGGAGUCAGAGGCUGAAGUGGACCAAGCUGACUACAGUGUGUUUAAUCGGGAGCAGGCAGAGGAUGAAUGUGACAACGCCUCUCUGGACGACGCAGACCAGCGGCUGCUGACCUUCUCAGACGGCAAAUCAGACGUGGUGUCGGGUCACGCUCUGUGGCGGCAGCAGUUCAGCACCGUGGCCUGGCUGCACAUGCUCAACAUGCGCCGGGAGAGGAAGGCCUUCAUUUACACCCUGGCCUUGUUCUUGGUGUUUGUUGCUGCUGUGCUCGUCCUAUCUCUGGCCACAGGAAACAUCCAGAUACACUCCCCGGAGCGUCAGUUUCUGCCCGUUUACCUCCUCAAAAGGAACCAGUCGCCACGGAGAUACGCCACCAGCCUCCUGGUUCAGAACUCCACAGGCUCUGAUAUUUCUGACUUCAUCCACAACCUGGAGUCUCAGGACAUCAAAGUGGAUAUGAUGAAACACAGUGACUACAUGUCCGCAGCUCCCCACAGCGCCGCCAUCAACGUAACAGGAUCCAGCAAGGGUUUCAGAUAUAGUGUCGCGUUCAACAGCACCACUGUUCACUCCUUACCUAUGGCUGUCAAUAUACUAAGCAACGCUCUUCUAAAAGGUCUGAAUGGUACUAAACCGAUCAGAACCUGGACCAAACCAUUUGAUUAUCAAAUCCCGGAUGCCACGUCCUACGCUCUGGUUUACAUAGAGGCCAUCAUACUGGGAAUGCUUGCAGCUGGAAUGCCUGCGUAUUUCGCAAUGGACCACACUCGAGACAGAGAGAUCAAGUGUCGCUCUACACUGCGUAUCUCCGGUCUGGUGCCGUCAGCGUACUGGUGCGGCCAGGCCGCCGUGGACAUCCCCUUCUACUACCUCAUCCUCUGCUCCAUGACCACCGUCCUCUUCUCCUUCCACUCUGGAAACCUGCUCACGUCCAGCAACCUCACCGCUGUGGUCCUGUGUACUGUUGGCUUUGGUCCAGCCGUGAUCCUCUUCACUUACGUGUUUUCUUUUGGCUUCGCCCGAGUCCAGAGCAACAGAGAUUUCUUCUCUGUCAUCUCCAUGAUGGUGUGUGUGGUGUCAGCCUCGCUGGUUCAGUUGUCCUUUGUGAACGACAGCCCUGGGUUGACCAGGAACCUGCACAACGCCUUGUGUUUCUUCAACCCUCUUUACCCUCUCAUGGGCUGCCUCAACUGCAUCACCAGGGCGACCUUCCUCCCCUCUCUGUACGAGGAGAACUUCUUGUGGAAGAACCUGCUCAUUGCGGUUGUAGCUCCGUAUCUCCAGUGCAUCCUGCUGCUUUUCCUGCUCCGGUGGCUUGAGAUCCGUUACGGUGGGAGGACGAUGAAAAGCGAUCAGUUCUGCAGGAUCUCAUCCAAGUCAAAGCCCAAAGUGGAGAGAAAUCCAGAAGAGGCGCUGAACGAGGAUGAGGAUGUUCAGAUGGAGAAGGCCAGAGUGAAGGAGGCCCUCACCUGCCAGUCCUGCGAAGACGAGAAAAUUAAACCAGCGGUGGUUGUGAGUAACCUGAGGAAGCAGUACAAGGGCAGAAGAGAAGGUUUUUCUCUGAACAAGAGUAGGAAAGUGGCCACAAAGAACAUCUCUUUCUGUGUUCGCAAAGGUGAAGUUCUCGGACUGUUGGGCCCCAACGGAGCAGGAAAGAGCACCAUCAUGCACAUGUUGUCAGGCGACACGGACCCCACUGCAGGCCAGGUGCUGAUGGGGGACUAUAGCACCGAGUUUCGUCCCGUGGACAGUCCUCUGGAACAUGUGGGCUACUGUCCUCAGGUGAACCCUCUGUGGCCCCGGAUCACCCUCCAGGAGCACCUGGAGAUCUACGCAGCCAUCAAGGGCCUGAAAGGACAGGACGUACCGGGGAUCAUCAAACGUGUGGUGAACGCUCUGGAGCUAAAGGACCACUUGAACAAACAAGCCAAGACCCUGUCAGCCGGACUCAAGAGGAAGUUGUGCUUCGCCUUGAGUAUGAUCGGGAAUCCUCAGAUCGUUUUACUGGAUGAGCCGUCAUCAGGGAUGGACCCCAAGUCUAAACAGCGCAUGUGGAGAGCCAUACGUGCUGCGUUCAAGAACCGUCAGCGGGGAGCCGUCCUCACCACGCACUACAUGGAGGAGGCGGAGGCCGUGUGCGACCGCGUGGCGAUCGUGGUGUCCGGCCAGCUGAGAUGUAUCGGCUCCAUCCAACAUUUAAAAGGGAAAUACGGUCGAGGUUACAGCUUGGAGGUAAAACUCCGUGAGGAGCUGACGGGGCUCCAGCCGGUGGCGCUGCUGCACAAAGAGAUCCUCCGAAUCUUCCCUCACGCUACGCGGCAGGAGAGCUUUGCUACUCUGAUGGUUUACAAGAUCCCCAUGGAGGAUGUCAAAUCACUGGCCAAGUCUUUCUCUCAGUUAGAGAGAGCCAAGCAAAUGUUCAACUUUGAAGAGUACAACUUCUCCCAGUCGACCUUAGAGCAGGUGUUCAUGGAGUUCGCCAAGGAGCAGGAGAACGAGGAGGACGAGGUGGGCUCCCUCAGCACCACGUUCCAGUGGCAGCGUCUGCGCCAGGACGGCUCCGUCCCCGUCAACCCCACAGAGAGCAUCGUGCACCAGCUCUGAACCCCAGCGGAGACGGAGCAGGCUGGGCGGGGGGGGGGACCGACAGGGACAGAGCCACCUCCCCCGAAACCUGCCAGGCCUCGGCGCCUGAGGGGCUCAGGCCAGCACUCGCCCGCUCCACGCAGACCCACGCCCACCGCCCUUAAAUGAACGGGACAGACGUGUGUGGGGGCUCACAUACACCGGGGCUGACUGUGUGUGUGUGUGUGUGUGUGUGUGUGUGUGUGUGUGUGUGUUUGGGCUCAGAGCUGUUAUGGCCCCCCUUUCCCUCGGUCCGAGGUGUGCGUGUGUGUGUGACCCUCGUCAUCUGGUGCUCCGUGUUCUCUGAGUGGCACUGACCGAGGGGCCGGCAGUCUUUCUCGACGCGCUCAUGCGACACCUAUUCCUCUUUCUAACAGUGUUUUUUUUUUUUUUUUUUUUUUUCUUCACAGGGAGUCAGUAAAAAGAAAAGGAAAAAAAAAAGAAUAUAUAAAUAAUAUAUAAUAUUUAUGCUUUGUAACCCUUUCCCUCCGUCCUCCUCUGCGGGAGGCGUUUGCGUGUGUUCGCUCGUCUCUUCACGUGUUUUUGUCUGUCUGUCAUGUUUGUGAAGCUGUUGUUUUUUAACCAGAAACUGGGAUCCAUCCGCGAUCGUACCAAAGCAGCACAUCUCUGAACCACACCUCCUCAUACAUUAACCCUCCUGUUGUCCCCCAUUUUCAAAAAGUUUCUAUAUCAGAAAUUUGGGUUUUCUUUCAACCAAACUGUCAAUGAAAAUUAGAAAAACGCAGAUAAAAAAAAUCAAUAAAACGGCGGCCUAUAGCUCAUCUGGUAGAGCGUGCGCCCCAUGUAGGCUCAGUCCUUGCCAGCGGCCCGGCAUUGAAUCUGACCCGUGGCCCUUUGCUGCAUGUCAUCCCCCGUUUCCUGUAUCUCUUCAGUUGUUGUAAAUAAAGGAAAAAAUGUACGAAACGUCGUGAAAAGACAAGUCGGAAGACAACUCAAGGGUUAAAGUCCUUUUGGUUGUCUUUGGUGUCAGUAGCAUGUGCAUAAAUAGACUGAUGUUCUUUAAUAUUGAUGGUGUGGCAGUGGAAUGAGGCUCAUUUACUAAAACUAGAGCUGCAGAGAUGGAUCGUUUAGUUGUCAACUGUUAAAUUAAUCGCCAACUAUUUUGAUAAAAAUAAUAAAUCUCUGAUUCCAGCAUCUUAAACUUGAAUAUUGUUCUAGUUUCUUCUCUCCUCUGUGACAGUAAACUGAAUAUCUUUGACUUGUGGACAAAACAGGACAUUUGAGGAUGUCAUCUUGGGCUUUUGGGAAACACUGAUCCACAUUUCUCACCAUUUUCUGACAUUUAAGAGACCAAACUACUAAUCCAUUCAUCCAGGAAAUAAUCGACAGAUUAAAUCAUCAUUAGUUUUAGCCCUAGAUGGAACACUAGAAAAGAGACGCUACAGCUAGGGCUGGCUAUCGUUCAAAAAUAUUGGAUACCGGUACCGAUAGCAAUACCGUGACUUUGAUCCCGGUUCCUAAACACUACUUUUUUUCGAUACCAAUUU